UUGGCGUUCUGCCUGCGCUGACGUCGGCUUUCCGCCCCUCCGUGAAAGAUGGCUUCCCGCGCGGGACCCCGAGCCACGGGAACCGAUGGCAGCGACUUCCGGCACCGGGAGCGCGUGGCCGAGCACUUCCAAAUGAGUGUGUCCCUCAAGUCUGAGAUUAAGAAACUCAUCUACAUGCAGGUGGCAGUGUGGCUGCUGGUGGUGGCUCAGAUGUGCGUGGCUCACUUCAAGCUCCUGCCCCAUGACCAGGUGGCCAUGCCUUACCAGUGGGAGUACCCCUACCUGCUCAGCAUCAUCCCUUCACUCUUCGGCCUCCUUUCCUUCCCCCGAAACAACAUAAGCUACCUGGUGAUCUCCAUGAUCAGCACCGGCCUUUUCUCAGUGGCGCCUCUCAUCUACGGUAGCAUGGAGAUGUUCCCCAUGGCGCAACAGCUCUACCGCCACGGCAAGGCCUACCGCUUCAUCUUUGGCUUCUCGGCGGUCUCGGUCAUGUACCUGCUGGUGGUGGUGGCAGUUCAAGUCCACGGCUGGCAGCUUUAUUACUGCAAGAAGCUCCUGGACUCCUGGUUUACCAGCACACAAGAGAAGAAGAAGAAAUGAACAAAGCGGCCGGGGAGUUGCAUGCAUGCCACACUGUCUUGGGGCAAAGGGGGGGAGCUUGGGGGCACCCUCGCCAAGCAGAGGCGGGUGCUGCUGCUGGGAUUCCUUGCAGUCGCCGCUGAGCCAGGCCGAUGGGAGAUGCCAAGUGGGAGCUGGGUGGAAGCUGAGCCACGUGUGGGCCUCUUCCAACCUGCUCUGGGAGUUGCAGACUUGGGACAAUCCUGCUUUGGAAGGGAAUUGGGGGAUCCUCCUCUCAAAGGUGAAGCAGCUGGUACCUUCGAAUAGUAUGCCAUCAUCACCAGGCAUGGGCUGGUGAGAGAUUCUGGAGGCUCUUGGCAGUUUGCAUGAACUUUGGACCAUGCCUAGGCAGUUUUGCGCACCGGAAGACAUCUUGAGUUGUGCUGUGGCAGGUUGGAUACUAGCUGGGUGGGGGAAGAGCUCAUGGUGAGGCCAGGACUCCCUUGCCUACACCCAUCCUAGAACUCCCAGUCAAAACUGCAACUGGCCCCUGCACCCUUGAGAGAUGUAGGUUGCAUGCAGUCAUUUCCCCAGGAGUAGCUACUCUUCCAAGCUCUGGUGGACAGAAGGCCCCUUGCCUUGCUGACCUUCCAGAUGGAGAGGAACGUGGCUGUCAGGCUUCACUCCCCUUCCAACAGUGGACUCGGGUCUGCCAAGCUUUGAACUUAGGCCCACAGGGCUGACACUGCCCCUCUCAGCUCAGCCUGCUUUCCUUGCUCGUGUAGCCUGUGCCCACCCUUUGAGAUCCCAUCCCUGCUCAGAAAUCCCUUCGCCUUUGGUAGGCUGCCUGGGUGCCCCAGAGAUAGUUGCUGCUGCCACUGCUGCCUCAUUGCUGGCCAGUGGGUUUCAGCAUACCACCCCCUCGUGUGCUUGUGUUCCAAAUAAAGAGAUAACUUGUGAAA